AUGGCGACGGCGCCCAUUCCGAGCUGUCGAGUCGAUCCCUUGGUGGAACGUGCUGAGCGCUUAUGGCGUCACCUGCGCUUUGCCUCUCAUGAGGCCGGUCUGGCCAGCAGCAAGCCCACGCCGCCGCCCAAGGCGUUUGAGAUGCCGGCGCUGUCGUCCCCUACGUCUUCGGCAUCGUCAUCUUCGGCGUCUUCCACUGUGCCUGCCAUGUCUUUGUACGAGAGCCUAUUUGGCCGGCACUAUCAGCUCGAGCCGCUGCACGAGCAGAAGCACAGCGAGCCCGUCAUGCGACUCGUGUCGCCACCACAGCCGCUCCCACCGCCGCGGCUGCAUGCUAGCACGGCAAGUGAGCGACUGACUCUCGCCGCAUCGUCGCCUCAGCAUGGGAGUGAGUUGCACAAGCGACGUCGUCUCGCUCCUUCGCCGUCCGCGCCGUUUCAGUUCCCGCCCCGAUCAUCGCUCGCGCAAGGACCCGGCCUUGCGCCACACUCGCGCCGCCGCCUGCCUGCCGCGCGUGCUGGCCACGCACGGAUCGCAUCGAUGCCUGAGCAGCGCCACGAGCACUAUGUGCCUGUACGUGGCCAGGACGCCGUGCCGCAGGUGGCCUCGCUUCAUCCCGCAGCCGAUGCUAUGCUGCGUCUCGCCAGCACGCCGGCCGUGCACAAGCCACGGAGCCAUGUGCGAACGCAGAGUCGCGACGACCAGGAUGCGACGCAGUUACCGCCGGCGAUGCGCACGCACCGGCGCUCCGUGUCGCACAGCACGGCCGAGCUCAAUGUGCCCGUCUCGCACGACCGCACGAGCGGCAUCACUACUCCGCCGGCCGGAGUGGCUGCUCUGCCCGUGACGCCCAAGUCGAUGGGAUCGCAGUCGAUGAGCUAUGGCGACUAUUUGAUUAUGAGCCCCAGUCCCCGACCACGUAUGCAUCCGCAUCGACACGCUGAUACACUGCCGAUAUCUCCUCCCCGCCAGCGCGCAUGGCCCCCGGACACGCCUGGUCGGCGCGGCGUGCGACCGUUGUGGGCGCAGCCAUCACGCUAG